AUGCCAAUUCACAGUUCUGUGACCGGGUCGAUGAUAGGCACAUCUAACACGCGCAACAUUGACAAUUCUAUCAAUCGAGACCACUCAGCGCAUUAUAAUAAUAUCUGGAACACUAUAAACUUCGACGGGGUGCCGCUAACACGGGAAACCUCUUCCUUGAGUCUGCGCUCGGAUAAAACAAUUGCACUGAUGGAUGCAGCUGAGGUGGAGCUACAGAAAGCCCGAAGGAGCAAAAUGCUUAGACUCAUGGAGAGCACCGCAGAUAUCUUACUCCAAUCGAAAGCUUUCCAGGACUCGGCCCUUCACCUGGUAGAAUUGCUCGUAUACCUGAAAUGCGAGCCUACUGUUGUUGAAGGAGUCCAAGAAGUGCUGCAAAGGUAUCAGGAAGAUCAGGUACUUCUGGAGAACCGAUUGAGUUCUAGGAGCCUCGUCUCUCGGUGGCUACAAGGAAACAGAGAGCUACGGGAGCACGCCAUCAAUCAUCGAAGAAACAAUGAAGCUCUGCAUGCUAAUGUUAAGCUUCUUUCCAAUUCGACCCGGAAUAGUAACAUCAAGAAGAAGAAUGCUCAGCGAAAGCAGCAACAAGAAGACGACGACAAAACAUUAUGCGACGUCGACCUCUAG